CCCAAGACUUUCGCUUCAUAUUCUUCCCUCCUUUUGGGGCUCGAUUCAAUUCCGUCUUUUAUAAUGGCGUGCGCUUGCUUGCCUGUCACCUGCCAUCCUGCUCCGGUAGCAUGUAGUCGCCUGCGCCAAUGUCCUCACGAUAUUCGCUGCUGCUUCAUUCUCAGAUGAGCAGUAACACGGCGCUAUGUUGCUCAACGGGCUCAUUGUCGUGUUUUAUGUGCUAUCCCUAGCGGUCCCCGGUACUACAGCUAAUGACAGAGUUAUUCGACGGAACGGAAGAAGACAAGAGAGCGUCGUUAACUCAAACAUCUCUACCACCCGCAAACCGGAGCCUGAACGGACUAAACCACUCCCUACUACUCCUGAUGUCGAACUCCCUUCUAUAUCGAUCAUCUCUACCAUUCGCACGCCAGAUCCUCAACCAUCUAAAUCACUCCCUAUUGCCCCCGCUGUUGAACCUUCCGUGGCCGACCUUCCUCCCCUUUCAUUCUCGAACCCCGGCCUUCUCCUAACCACAAAGCCUACGGUACCGAACCAAAGCCGCAUCCCCCCUCAGCCGUCUGGCUCUCUCUUGACCACCGACGCUUCGCAUACACCAUUGCCACUGCCUACGGGAUCGCUUCGUACUGGGUCUCAACGCGUUAUCUCUAGUGGCGUCAAGACAAGCAGUAUCCACCGCAAGAAGCCACCGACACAUAAGCUUCCCUUCGCUGCUCCCGGACUCCCACCGAACAGUUCGUACUCCAUCGUCUAUGGCACGGGAUACACGGAUCAUCUACCCAGCUCAUCUCGCAACCGGACGAUCGGUACAAAUGCAACAAUUACCAGAGGCGCCAAUAGCACGUUCGGCACGUUCCCCACGCCUUCCUGUGGCGGUUGCAGAGUCAAUGUCGAAAGUGCUAGCGUGUUUUGGUGGUUCUAUGACAACUACUAUCAUGCCUCGCUAUACGUCAGUUCAACCUUCUUGCCGAACGGUUCCAUCGCUGCAAUGAUCACUCCGAUGAAGAAUGUCAAACCUUUUAAUAUCACAGCCGAGGCACAGAGCGCAAAGCUUCGAGUGUUCCAGAUUACGGAUGUCUUCGUACCAAACAAAACCUAUAUCGACUGGGACUUGGUCACUCCUACAAAUGCAGCCCCGUCAACCACCCUCGUUUCUCUUGCAGGAUACAACCCCAUCCCCGAAGUUACAACCAUGGCCUACAGUAACUUUACCGAACAAGUCCUCAUUUCGCAACCCAUUGCCAAAAUCCCAAUUACAGCCCGCAAUGGAGAUCCCGUCACCUUCAUCACCGAGCCCCAGAACAUAGUCUUUUUCUCCGAAUAUGAAAUUGUUCACAGCUCCCUUUACAAAUCCCGCUACCUAACGACGUGCUUGGAAACCACCACCACGGUCCCCUUCCAGACGCCGAUCGUCUUCGACUACGAUGGGCCAGACCUCUUGGGCAUCCCCUUCGCCCUAGGGCAGGUCUCAAACACCUGGAUGACGCGUCCGGAGUUCGGGCCGUGCACGGCGGGAUACUGGUUCGCGGUUCCGACCGUGAUUAUGGUGGUGAGGGUUGAAAUUUUCAUGAUGGAUUAUACGGGACGGUUCGGGAUGCAUACGGAGGAGACGGUGACGAGCUUGGAUAAACCGACAGAUAUCAAGCCGGAUUUUCCAAAUUUGCCGACGGUAAGUGGUUUUGGGUUCAAUUUGAAUACAUCCAUGCGUCCGAUUGCGGGCGUCGAGGCGACCAGUGCAAAUGUUGUGGGAGAUGCCAGAGAUUUAGGGGAGCAACAAGAGGAGGACCCUGCGGCCACCACGGCCACACAUGAAGAUACGAAAACCGUUACGGAUACGCCACCUUUGCCCACCGGCAAUGGCGCCGAGCUAACAGCGCCCUCUCCGCCCACCGUACCAUCUAGAAACGCCACUGGAAACUCUACCGACGACGCCUUCGCUGCCUUCGGCGCCCACACCGAACAGACCGUCACCGACCUAACCAACGAGGGCGAAGGCAUGUUCACGCCGCUCGUCGCCCACUCAGAGCAGCCAGUCGAGACACUGGAUGGACCUGGCCGCUCGGACGGGCGGAUACACACCGAACAGACCCUACCAGACAGUCCAAGCCCGACAUCCGUCCCGACAGACGGUCCAGUUCGUGAGCCCCAUUUUGAUUGCAUGGAUUGCCUCCCUGGUCGCGAAAGUUCCUGCUGAUUUUACCGUCGACUUAUCCCACGCGCUUGCUAUGGAGAAUGACCGGCUAACGUUUUAUUUCUUUUCGGUGUAGAUCCCCCCUCUUCCGGCUCAUACGCCGGGUGAUGGUCUUGGCAACAUGAUCAGCAUCAUCAACAACAUUCCGGGCAUUAUCAACAAUGGCGGAUCGAAUGGUGGUGGUGGUGGGCAGAAUGGCGGAUCCGGCGGCCAGGGAUCCGGUGGGGGUUCCAAUGGCGGAAGCGGAGGCGGAGGCGGAGGCGGAAGUGGCAGCGGAGGUGGGAGCGGAUGGGGAGAUGGAGGGAAUUCUGGAGGAGGCGUCGCUGCCGGUGGAUCG